AUGUCCUCCAAUCCAGAGCCAGACGUCAAGAAAAUCACAACGACAACUUCCUCAGAGACCACUCCUGACAUAGCAGUCGGAUACCAAGCUUCACUACCAAGCCAACCACACCUCCAACCAUGGAAGUCCUCAACACUCUUCCGCAGCGUACUUUUCCAAAUGGUGCUCUUCGGUGCCCUCUCAUUCGUCGGCCCAGCCAUGGGCGAUGCAAUAACCAAUCUUGGCGGCGGAGGACUCGCUAGUCCUUACCUGGCAAACUUGGCAAAUUCUCUCAACUAUACCACCGGAUGUCUAACGACACUUUUGGGAGGGCCGUUGAUCAAUAAGCUGGGGAUCAAGUGGUCUUGUGUCAUUGCAGCUUGUGUCUUUCCUUUGACGGGAAGCGCGUACUAUGUGUCGGCCAAGUAUGAUAUUGGGUCGUAUUUGCUUGCUUCGCAGGUCAUUGGAGGAAUAGGUUCCGGUUUCCUAUACGUCGCGGAGACGACUGCCAUGCUUUCUUAUCCACCUCCAGAUGACAGAGGAUUCUACUUGGGUGUCUGGUCCGCUAUGAGAAAUAGCGGGAGUGUCAUCGGAGGAGCGAUCAACUUUUCUACCAACAGUGAGAAGUCUUCCGCAGGAGGUAUAGCUUGGUCUACGUAUUUGAUCUUCGUGGGUUUCGAGUGUACUGGACUUGUUUGGGCUCUACUCCUAUCUCCAACCAGCAGAGUCCGAAGACGGAACGGAGAUGGGGUUCCGAUGAGCGGCAAAGCCACUUGGAAGGAGGAAUUCGUCGCUCUGGGUAAAGUGAUGAUGCAGAAAAAGACAUGGCUCAUCUUCCUGCCUGCAUUCUAUUCCUUCUUCUAUGGAGGUACAAUGGGAACCUACCUUUCCCUCCACUUUUCCGUCCGAUCGCGAGCUUUGUCCUCGCUUCUCGUUCCAACCAUUGUCAUUCCCAUGGUAAUAGCAUAUGGCCGCCUCCUCGACAUGAAGCGCUGGUCACGAGGCAAACGAGCCUGGAUCGCAUUCCUCGUAUGGCUCAUCCCUCAAAUCUGCGGUUUCAUCUGGAUCGGUAUCGAAUACAGCAAAUACGGUCAAGCAACCAAAGCAUUCGACUACGGAACCAACACAAGACAAUGGGCAGAAGCCUACCUCCCCUACCUCAUAAUCUUCACAGCCGGCUACUGGUGUCAACUAUCAAUCUACUGGAUGCUAGGAUGUCUAUCCACAGACGUACAGAGUUCCGCUCGUGUCGGUGGACUUUUCCGUGCUUUCGAGACGGCUGGUCAGGCAAUCUCUUACGGGAUUAACUCUGCUAGCAAGUCGGAUCGGAGGAUUCCCUUUUAUGUGAAUUGCGGGGCGCUGGGGUUGGCUAUUCCGUGUGUGAUCAUGUUGAUCCGUAUGGUGGCGGAGUCAACGGGCGAGGAGACCGUUAAUGUUGAGGAGCGCGUGGAGGGCGAUCAGAGUUUAGAUCAGAAGCGUGUUGUGUAG